AAGACUCUAAGAGAAACCAACGAGUUGAAGGAGGGAUCAUUCGAUUUACACCUGAGGGAGGCUCACAGAAAUCUGAGGCCUGAUUGUCCUCCUUUCCUGUCCUUCUUCAGUUCUAGUAACCACAGCUACUUGAGCUAGUCGGUGAGGUAAUAUGUACCUUCUGCAAGAACUGUUCUGUUUUUGGAUCCAAUCAUGGAUGUGAAAAGGGGCCAAACGGGGCCCUGGUGUCAUCCGGGAUGCCAGCUGCAGCAGUGAAGCCCACUCUGGAGAAGAUGGUCACGGAAGGAGGGGGCAUCGAGGAGCGGGGUGUGGAUCAGUGGGAAGCCUCAGGACUCCAUGGGGAGCCACUGCCCUUACCUUCCCUGAAAGUCCCCAGAGACCUGCUUAGGAGCUUCCCUCACUCCAAGCGAGUCGGCUCCUACCUGAUCGGAAAGAUGAUCAACAAGGGCUCUUUUGCCAAAGUGAUGGAGGGGCUGCAUAUUGCCACAGGGGAGAAGGUGGCCAUUAAGGUGAUAGACAAGAAAAAAGCCCGCCAAGACUCCUAUGUGCUGAAAAACAUGAAAAGGGAACCUCGCAUUCAUCAAAUGGUCCGACAUCCACAUAUUGUAGUUCUUCUAGAGACCCUGGAGACGGAGAACAGUUACUACAUGGUCAUGGAGCUGUGUGCAGGAGGAGACCUGAUGGACCGGAUCUGUGACAGUAAAAGGCUGGAGGAGAGGGAGGUGCGGCGCUACACCCGACAGAUUCUGUCUGCAGUGGACCACCUGCACAAACACGGCAUCGUGCACAGAGAUUUAAAGAUAGAGAACUUUCUCCUGGAUGAGCAUAACAACAUUAAAAUCGUAGACUUUGGCCUUAGCAACACCCUGAAGCCAGACUCUUUACCUCAGGAGCUCCUUAGCACGCAGUGUGGAAGCCCUGCAUAUGCUGCCCCUGAACUGUUGGCUCAUAGGAAGUAUGGAUCCAAAGUUGAUGUCUGGUCCAUAGGUGUGAGCAUGUUUGCCAUGCUGACAGGGACCCUACCCUUCACUGUUGAACCUUUUAACAUCAAGCAGUUGCAUCAGAAGAUGGUGAAUAAGGACAUUACCAACAUCCCUGAUGACAUCAGCAAAGAUGCUGUGUCAUUCAUGAUGCUUCUCCUGGAGCCAGACCCAGAUAAAAGACCCAGUGUCAGAGAUGCAAUGGGAGAGAGAUGGAUCAGCGAAGGAUUUGCCAGGAAACCUUUACACACAGUCUCACAUAAAAACAGGUUAUGCCAAGAAGAUCUUAACUCAUCUGUGCUGGCUUACAUGACAGAGACUCUGGGGUAUUCCCUCUCUGAAGUCAUAAACAUGGUCACCACCAACAGACCGUCAGCCAUCAUGGCUUCCUAUCAUCUGCUGCUUAACAAGUUCAGCCGAAGCCACAGAGGAGCCAAGGCUGGCAAGAAGCUGCAGAAGAACGACUGGACUCCUUCAAGCAAGACUACCUGGAGAUACAGACGCAACACUGAAGCAAAGACUCAGCAUCAGAACCCACCAAAGAGUGAGAAAAGCUUGAAGCAGUCCAACAAACUGUUAAAGGUCCAGCAGACGAGCAAGAGUCAGAACAGAAGGAAAACCACAGAGUUGCAGAGGAAGGCUCACCUUGAGGAUGAUGAGAACCGCCCACCAUCUCCUACUUUGCCUCACCUUCCUCACUCUGCCUCCCCCCCUUUACCCUCACACCUUCCCUCCCCAUUCCUUUCACCUGACCCUCUGUCCACAGAGGAUGGGACGACUGAUGAGGAGGUAACCAUCUCUGUGAACACCAGAGAGAACCUGUUUCCUGAAGUGUCAGUGUUUGGAGACAGGGAACUGGUCCAUCUUUGCCCUCCAAAAAGCUCAACAUCACAGCUCUGUGACUCCGCUCCUUGCCAAGUUCCCUUACCGGCCGAGCCAAUCCAAGAUGGCAUCGCGUCCAGACCAGCCCAACACACACACCCACUCAGGACAACUCAGUCGGACGGAGCCGCAGACUCUGGGUCAGACUGCUUCCAGGACAAAUACCACCAGGAGAACUCCCAUCACCUUAGCAUCAAUGAAAGACUGGAAAAGCUGCAGACUUUUUACUCCUAUGAGAAAAACGACAUCUCUUCCAGAAUGCUCCUGGAGGCUGGAGCCUUACUCUCAGCAGACAGAGGGCAGCUGAGUGCCACCCAGGCAUCACAGAUGUCCCCCUCCGCUCGCCUGCCUCGCCUGUGCAACUUCGGGCUUAAAGAUGGCCGAGGAAGGAAGGUGACAUGGGCAGGUUUGAGUCGACCUGGACCUCCUAGACUUCUGGUAAAUGGGUCAAAACCACCAGUUCUGUCUUCACAAAAACAGCAUCCUUUAAUCAUGAAGAGCAUCAGACAGGAGAGGGGAAGGAGAAAAGAGAUCAUUGGAGAAAGAGGAAGCGAGGGGCCAAAAGAAGGCAUCGACAGAGACAAGAGGAACUCGGUUCAGUUACGUUCGUCUCCUCAGCGGCGGGUGGCAGAUCUGAACCUGCCGCUGCUCCCUGAUACCCUGCAGGCGAAAACUGACAGGAAGAACCAGCUGCAUAGUAUGGACUACUGACAUGAACGGGAGCAUCAAUAAAAAGGUUAAUGAAAAGUUCAAGGAUGGCUGGUGGAAGUCAGAGAAGUAAUAAAUACAAGAAAACUGUGUAGAAAUAGGAACCAGAGAAAAUUUCAAUGAACAACCAUAAAUGGCAGCUACAGAACUGUACAGCCUAAAAGCUACAGUAAGUCCUAGAUACACUGUUCUAUUCAUGCCACACUCAGACAAACAUUGUUUAUUUUUUUUAUCUUUAUUUGCAGUGCCAAAAAUACUUCACCUCAUGCCUCAGCUGCUGAAAACGGCCUUUAAAAGACUUUGGUUUAUGUCACGGGAAACAUUUGAACAUCUAAAAUGUUACCAGAUCGCUGUUCAGAUUUAGUUUCGAACUUUUUUCCUAUACACAACCUCUGAUGUCAAGAGAGUAAAUGAUAUACUUAAAAUAAAGAAUGUAAUGUCAUCUAAACAUCUGAUUUCAGAAUGGAUGAGAGAUUUACCCUAUCAUACAUUUUCUAUAAUCGCUGUUCAGGGAUUAGUGCUUAUCUGCAGCGAUCAGUGGCUGAGCUGCCAAUCAGAUAUAUGUAUAGCUAACACAGAAAAAACAAGACAAGCAUUCACAUACACACACACUCAUACGUAUAAACAUACAACUCAGAAUUAAAUAUUUAACUUGUCUACUUUCCUCUAAUAGAAACUGAAGAGAACAUACACACGCAAGUAGAAAAUAUGGACUCCACUCAACAACCAUUUACACUCAUUAGAUAAUAGGAAUUAGAUGGGAUUUAGAUUGAUCCCUGUUAGUUUCCAGUUUCAUCCCUGCUGCAUUAGAAUGGCUCUUAACAGGUUUAGAUAUCACAAUAUCUUGAAUAUCUUUCAGAAAUUAACCUUCCCUGUGUUUUUAUUUGUUUCACUGAAUGUUAAAGUACUGCUGUGUUCUACAUUUGUGUUGAGAAGACUGAAAAACUCUGAUUUAAUGAAAAACUGAAUCUCUGACUUGAAAAGUUGGACAUUUCUCACUAACCUCACCUCAAAGUUAAAUAUGGCCCACAAGCCUUUAAUACUCAACAACACAGCCAGUGUUUAUUUACACUUCAAGGAUGUUUUUUAUUUCCUCAGAUCAGUCCCAGACAUGUGCAGAACUCUUCUGAAAAUGCAACAUUUUGGAGUAAGUGCCAAAGAUGUAGGGUUAUCAAUUGUGUUAUUAAUAGCUGCAUGGCUAACUGCUGAAAAGGCAGCCAGGUGAGCAACUCACUGACCAUGGCGACAUGGCAUGGGAUGUGCUCUAUAUCUUAUGUCCUGAUGCUUUGGCGAAAAUCUGAAGUAGAAAUGAAUGAAGUAAAGAUGUAUCACCAUCAGUUGGCCAUUACAACAGUUGGUUAGCAUGUAGACUGGCUGAUGAAGAGGAGACAGGGAUAGAUAUAUCUAAAAAGAAGAAACUGCUCCUCUGGUAUGCUUAAAGAAACACAUUCUUGCUUGUUAUGUGUUCUUAAAAUUGCAUAAUGACAAAUAAAUCACUUGUUAAACUUAGUGAGUUAGCCACUUACAAACCACAUUGGUCAUUUAAAA